AUGCCUCCCAAGACCACCACAUCCGAGGCCGCCGCCACCCUCAACCUCACCGACGGCGAACUCAAGCUCGCCCUCGCAAUGAUGAAGCACGUCGAGCGACCUACCACCGCCGUUCUCAAGAAAAUGGCCGAGGAGGCCGGCCUCUCCAGCGCCUCCAGCGCCCGCACCCUCCUCACCCGCGCCGCCACCAAGCACGGCUGGUUCGCUGGCGGCGGCAGCAGCAGCAACAGCACCGAUGAUGGUUCCGGCUCCAUCCCCACGCCCCGCCCCAAGAAGACUGCCACCCCUCGCAAGAAGAAGAUAGCUGAAAAGCGCGGCCGCAAGAGCAAGGCGCAGAAGGCUGCGGAGGAGGCUGCUGCCGCUGAAGCUGCUGCUAAGAAGGAUGUGGAUGAUGAGGAAAUGAAGGAGGAUGGUGAUGGUGCUGUCAAGGAGGAGACUGGUGAUACUGAUGAUGCCAAGGAGGAGGAUGUCGAGCAGAAGUGA